AUGCGGACCUCGAAGCGCUCAGAACAGUAAUAAAGAAGGCAGGCAAAGAAGCCUUAAAAAGGAAAUAUGUCGAAAGCGCCUGUACAGGCCAAUUCUUCCUCGGGGGCAACAGCCACCGCUGGACCUUCUUCUUCCUCCUCUUCCUCGUCGGCCGGCGGCUCGACGUCUCCCGCUAACGUACUGCACGUACAGCCCGAAAAACCGCAGCACUACACGUACCUGAAGGAGUUCCGCACCGAGCAGUGCCCUCUCUUUGUGCAGCACAAGUGCACGCAGCACCGCCCCUUCGCCUGUUUCCACUGGCACUUCCUCAACCAGCGCCGCCGUCGACCCGUCCGGCGUCGCGACGGCACCUUCAACUACAGCCCAGACGUGUACUGCACCAAAUACGACGAGGGCACGGGGACCUGCCCAGACGGGGACGAAUGCCCCUUCCUGCACCGCACGGCAGGGGACACUGAGCGGCGGUAUCAUCUCCGCUACUACAAGACGGGCUCAUGUAUCCACGAGACUGACAGCAAGGGCCACUGCAGCAAAAACGGCCCGCACUGUGCCUUUGCCCACGGCUCCCAUGACCUGCGCUGUCCUGUCUAUGACAUCAGGGAGGUGCAGGUGAUGGAGGCUCAGGCUGGCCCAGGGGCUGCGGAGGGGGGCAGUGGGGAGGGGCAGUCCGGACUCGCAGCAAGCACUGCCCUCAUUGAGAAGAUAUUGAGUGAGGAGCCACGCUGGCAAGACAACAACUAUGUGCUGUCCCAUUAUAAGACUGAGCUGUGCAAAAAGCCGCCACGUCUGUGUCGCCAAGGUUACGCCUGUCCCUACUACCACAACAGCAAGGACCGUCGUCGCAGCCCACACAAACACAAGUAUAGAGCCUUGCCCUGCCCUGCUGUGAAGCACAGUGACGAGUGGGGGGACCCUAGCAAGUGUGAGAGUGGGGAGGGCUGCCAGUACUGCCACACCCGCACUGAGCAGCAAUUCCACCCAGAGAUCUACAAAUCCACCAAGUGCAAUGACAUGCAACAGAGUGGCAGCUGCCCCAGGGGCCCUUUCUGUGCCUUUGCACAUCUGGACCAGCCUAGCAUUAGCGAGGACGUCCAGCAGUCGUUCCCAAACCCCAGCUCCCCCCUGCCGUCGGGGUCCGUUGCAGAGGACUCGGGGCAGGGGAGCCCCGGCAGCCCCCAGACCUGUAUAGGAGGAGGGCCCUUUGCUCCCUCCGGUGGCAUUUGUGGAGCAGAGCAGGGUCUGCUGGGAAGGGUGCUCUGUGAGGAGUCCUCUAGCCUAGAUGCCUCCUUGUCGCCCUGGGCUGGAGAAGGUGGCUAUGGGCGUGCUCCAGGGUUUGAGAGAGAGGACCAGGCAAAACAGAAGACACUCUCCUUAGAGCACCGGAGCAGGGAAAUGGCUCAGAUGCAGAGCAAGCAGGACCUGCUGGUAUUCCUCCCUGUGGGCAGUCCUCUCAGCAUGUCAUCCAGUGUGCCCUCCAGCCUGGCUGCCACGCCCCCCAGCCCUGCCCCUCCCGGCCCCUCUCCGGGAAUGAAUGCCAACGCACUGCCCUUCUACCCCACUAGUGACACGGUCGAGUCUGUUGUGGAGUCUGCCCUAGAUGACUUGGACCUGAACGACUUUGGCGUAUCUGCACUGGAGAAGAGCCUGGACAGCAGCACAGGAGUGGGCAGUGUUGGAGUCAUGCUGGGGGGAAGUCAGCUACAAAGCUCAGCACCAGUCAACAUUCCGGGCUCCUUCAGCAGCUCUGGGCCAUUCCGCUCUCACUCACCGUCUCCACCAGUCAGAGCUCUCCCUUCCCCCUUUCUUUCCACUCACCUGCCGCAGGCCAGCCAAUCAGAGGGCAGCUUUUUGGGACCGUCGCACGGCUCUUUAGGGCUGAAUGGCAUGAGCAGCAGCAUCUGGGAGCACUUCCCCCCUGGGCAGGGCUCGCCCGGGACGCCCCCGGCUCUGCUCUCCACGGGUCUGUGUGUGGAGGCGGCGCGGCUGAAGCAGGAGGUGGAGGACGCCAACAGGGUGCUUAAGCACUGGGACCACAGCUGGAGGCAGAUGGCCCAGUCGUGGGCGGUGCUGAAGGCGGACGCGGAGGAGUCGCGGGUCCUGGCGGCUCGGCUGGCCGUGGAGGCGGAGCGGGCGCGGCAGGCGGAGGAGGAGGCGCAGCGGCUGGGGAGCCUGCUGGAGGAGGCGCUGGAGAGCCUGCGCAACGGAGAGAACCCCCACCUGUCGCUACACCAGCUGCAGCUGCUGCACCGCCUGCCCCUGGAAGCGAUCUGCAGCCUGCAGGCUCAGCUCUGCACCUGCCUGCACACCGUGGAGCAGGCAGUAUUCAGGAAGCAGAGACUGUGUUGUGUGGCGUGUGGUGAGCUGGGCUCGGUGACUCUGCCCUGCCAACAUGGGCUGCUGUGUGAGGGCUGUGCCGGCUCCUCAGAAUGCCCUGUGUGCGCUGAACACCAACAGACGCUGACCUGACUCCACCCCCUCCCCUCCGGCCCAGCCCAGCCCCCCGGCCCAGCGGAGCAGGCCCUGCCUUCAACUCAGUGGAACGCCCCCCCGGCCUGGACUCCAGCCAUGCCCUGUUCUGCUCCAGUGGAAUCCGGCUGAGCUUCAGUCAGAUCUACCGUUUCCCAGCUCAGAGGGGUCAACAGCAAAAAGGGGUGUUACUACAGCUGCUGCAAAGAGCACCUCCCUCUCUCUCCUUAUAGUAUUUUGGUACUUUAUAUUGCUUCUGGCUCAAGGUUCUCAAAACAGACUGUCAAAGUCAAUGAUUGUGCCAAGGAAACAAAAUUUUUAAUGAGAGUGAAAGCGCACAGGUCCCCCCGCUACUCUGAAAUGUUAAUUUGAACCCUCUCAGGUUUUCAGUUUGUUUUAUUGCCUACAUAACGUAUGCUAACAAGAAGAUGGGAGCAUGGGAACAAAAGCGGUAUCAAAAGCAAGCAUAUUCAAUCAUCAUGUAUAUUUUUCAUUUAAAGAGAGGGGGUUUGUAUAUGCCAGUCGGUGUUCUCAAACAGCUGUUAAUGUUUUUUUUUCCUAUUUUUGUAAUAAUGUUUUGGACAUGCAUUAUACAUAAUACAUUGUAAUCAUUUUGAUAUUCAGUAUCUUCAGGUGUCAAAUACUGUUCAGUGAUUUUAACAUCUUCCCCCACACAUUGAGUUAAUGUUAGCAUACAACUGAAUCAAGCAGCAUGCGUGUCAGAGGGCAGGUGAGAGGAUGCAGGGGAAAGGGGUGUGUGUUGGGCCUCAGCACUGCACUCCAGGUGCAGGUAUUGCCACCAUCUCUGGAAUUAUU